CCCGCUCGCCGUGGUCCCGACGGGUGCGGCCCCAGACCCCCGCGCUGCAGCCGCUGAACAGGGCCCGAGGCUGGUGUCACGGGCCGUACGCUAAUGAGCCCCGGGCCCAGCUGUAAACCGUCCGCCGGGGUCCACGUCCAGCCCCCUCCCCGACGCGCGCGCACACAGCGGGAGAUGGGCCAGGUGACGGGGGAAGGGUCAGGGAGUGAGAACAGGUGGCGAGAGGCCUCAACACCCCCCCCCCGUCCGACACCCCGCUUUCAUCGGAGUUUGGAAUCCGAACCCGCAUCCAGAUCCGAACUGUGCCGCCAAAGCCGGCUCUGGACUGGGCCGAACCGACAUCCAAACAGCCUCGCGCUCGGGGAGGCCGAACCCUGGAUCUGAAUUGUGCACCUCGAGCCCAUCACUAGCCUACACCAAUCCUGAUUCAAAAAUCAUGAGGGCGCUAUAAAGGGAAAAUUGCAGGAGCUGGGGGCUUAUGUCGAUGAAGAGCUCCCUGAUUAUAUUAUGGUAAUGGUAGCCAACAAGAAGAGUCAGGAGCAGAUGACAGAGGACCUUUCUCUUUUCCUAGGAAACAACACUGUCAGGUUUACUGUAUGGCUACAUGGUGUGUUAGAUAAACUACGGUCAGUAACUACUGAACCUACUAGCCUAAAGUCUUCAGACUCAAACAUCUUUGAGAGCAACUUGCCUUCAAGCAAAAGCAGUUCAUGUGGGAGUGAUGAGAGACGGCGUGAGGAAAUCUUACCACCUCUUGCAGUCUCCAGCACUCGGGCUGAAAGAAAUGAUUCAAGAGUUUCAACCAGCUCACAAGAGCAGAGAGCUGCUGCUGCCCGGCAGUCUUAUGAAGAUGGAUCUGCAUCCCGCUUAAUGUCAACGGUCAAGCCUCUAAGAGAGUUGUCGCCUUCUGAAGCUGUGAUUGACAUUAAACCUGAACCAGAUGAUCUCAUUGAUGAAGACCUAAAUUUUGUGCAGGAGAAUCCAUUGUUGUCUCGGAAGAAAGCUGUUGUAACUGUAACUUAUGGAUCUUCCCGUCCUACUGCUGAAAUCUACAGACCACCAGCUAGCAGAAGCACGGACAGCCAAAUACACUUACAAAGAUUGCCGCAGCAAGGCAGUCUACAGGGUGGUAGGCAGUUGGACAUGGAAAGCUGCAGGUCUUUGGAAACAAUCCCACUAUGUGAUCCAGAAGCAUUUGGCAGCUUAGCAGAAAGUUACAGGCCCACCUCCAAACUGAGUGCUGAUAAAAUAAGCAGUGAGGAAGAAAGCUCCAGGAAGAGAAAAUUGCCAGUUAUAAGCUCAGUGGUCAAAGUGAAAAAGUUCAGUAAUGAUGGGGAGGAGGAGGAGGAGGAGGAGGAAGACUAUGGGUUACGAAUAGGAAGUAUCUCCAGCAGUGUGUCUGUACCAGCAAAGCCUGAAAGAAGACCUUCACUACCACCCUCCAAACAGGCCAAUAAGAAUUUAAUACUGAAAGCUAUAUCUGAAGCUCAGGAAUCGGUUACAAAGACAACCAACUAUUCCACAGUUCCACAGAAGCAGACAGUUCCAGUUGCACCCAGAACAAGAAUUGCCCAGGAUGAAACUCUAUUAGAAGUGAUCCAUGUACAGAGCCGACCUUCCAGAGUGAGCGCCCAGAUUGAGGCAGAAGAACCCAAGGAACAGACAUUAGAAAGAAUUCAAGGAACUCAACAAAUGCAGCUCUUGUCCCGACUCCAGACUGAACCGUUAAUUGAAGAAACUUUGCAAAUGACUCAAGAUUAUUAUGACGUGGAGUCUGUGGUCCACACUGAUACUAGAUCAUUUAUUCUGAAAAAGCCAAAGCUAUCUGAGGAAAUAGUAGUGCCACAGAACCAGGAAUUGGGAAAGAAGGCUGCAGAGGCAAUGCGGGCACUUUCAGGACGUCUUAUACAGACAAGAGAGCAGCUUGCACAACCAGAAAAGCCUGCUAGCCCCAAGUUCAUUGUGACACUGGAUGGUGUCCCCAGCCCACCAGGGUACAUAUCUGAUCAAGAAGAGGAGGAAAGCUGUAUAACUGAAGGAGUGAAGCCAGUUACCCAAAAUGCAGCUGCAAACAAGGGAUUAAAAAGCUUUCAAGCACAGCAGAUGCAGGUUAUAAGCAGGCAGCUGGAGAGCCCUUAUGUGGAGAUGGAGGAAUUGACUGUGCUGCAGAAACAAGAGAAAGUGCUUGAGCGUUGCAAGUACUGGCCUGCCUGUAAAAAUGGAGAUGAAUGUGCAUACCACCACCCCACAUUACCAUGCAAAGUCUUUCCCAGUUGCAAAUUUGCUGAUAAAUGCCUGUUUAUCCACCCCAACUGUAAAUACGAUGCAAAGUGUACUAAGCCAGACUGCCCUUACACUCACGCCAGCCGACGAAUCCCAUUGCCGCCUCCCAAACCAGCACCACUACAAGCCCCACCAGCAACCUCCAACAGUCAGCUCUGCAGAUUUUUCCCUGCUUGUAAGAAAAUGGAAUGUCCAUUUUAUCAUCCAAAACACUGUAGAUUUAACACCCAGUGUACCAGACCAGACUGCCCAUUCUACCAUCCCACUAUUGCUGUACCUCCACGUCAUGCCUUGAAAUGGACUAGAACUCAAACCAGUGAAUAAUUAUCAUACAAUUUGUGGAUGAAAGUUGCUGCCUUUGGAUGCUGAUGGAGAGGAAAUCCUGAUACUACAAAACUUUUCAUCACACCUUUGGAAGUUUGAAUAUAUAUAGUUUUCAUAAAAUGAAAUUGAUUGUGUACUUGAAAUGUCUCUAAUUUUCCAAAUUUGUAAGUUUAAUAGCUGGUUUUACUUUUAUUUUAUUUUUUUUUUUUUACUCUGAAGAGAACAUCUGUGUAGGGAAAAAUUUUUACUUUAAAUUCCAUUAAAAAUGUCAAGACCUGGUUUGUAUUUUA